CCCAUGGUGUCCAGGAGAGUCUCUCAUUCUUAGAGUGAUUCUCUCUGCACUUGCUCCUGCAGAAUGAUGUGGCUAUACUUUUGGGAUGAGCAAUCGCUGGGAUUUCACUCUUCACCCCAGUUCAUUUCAGAAUCAGACGAUUUAAAUUCCCUUUUUGUGCACUUCCUUCUAGAAUUCACGGAUUUGAGGCUGGUGAGCAACAGUGAUUGUGCUGGGCGGCUGGAGGUUUUCUACAAUGGGACAUGGGGCAGUGUUUGCUCCAAUCAGAUGUCUGGAGUCACCCCAGCAAUUGUCUGCAAACAGCUGAACUGUGGGGAUAGAGGGCAGGUUGCAAGAGACUUUGCAUAUGGAGCAGGUUCUGGUCCCACAUGGCUGGACCAUGUUGCAUGCAGUGAGCAGCACAGGUCCCUUUGGCAGUGCCCAUCAGGCAUAUGGAAACAGCAGUCCUGUGAUAACCGAGCAGAAGAGACCCAUAUUUCUUGCAGUGGAGAAAAAGAGAAACCACCUCAGACCCUGUUUGCCGAAUGCCCGAACUCGACAAGCUGCACAGAUCAGGAGAAGUUACGUGUCGUGGGAGGAGAGGACAGAUGCUCGGGGAGAGUGGAGGUUUGGUACCGUGGCUCCUGGGGAACAGUUUGUGAUGACUCCUGGGACAUGGCGGAUGCUAAUGUUGUGUGUCAACAACUGGGCUGUGGAUCGGCUCUAUCUGCCCUGUGCGACGCUGCAUUCGGCGAGGGGACUGGUCCCAUCUGGGUGGAGAAGGUGAACUGCAGAGGGACAGAGUCGUCUCUCUGGGAUUGUUGUUCCAAGCCCUGGGGUGAAAGUAACUGUGAUCAUAAGGAAGAUGCUGCUGUGAAUUGCUCAGGUGUGACAGAGACGACAGCAUCACUGAGUAGAACAGCUCCCCCGCGCCGCCCUCCGACCGACAGUGGAAGAGUCACGGUGCCCGUGGUCAUCUGCAUUAUUCUGGGAGCCCUGCUCUGCCUGGUCUUAAUCAUUCUGGGGGCGCAGGUGCGAAGUGCCAGGGCAGAGCGCAGAGGUGGGUCCUGCUUGGUGUCACUGUGUGAAAUGCCUCUGAAAUAGCAGGUGGAGCUGUGCCUAAGGGGGGUGGGGCGUUGGCAGUGUAGUGGAAGGUUAAAUUGUAUUAUACUGUUCAGCCACAAAGUGGUGUUGCAUGUAACAACUUACAUUCGCUAACCUCAGCCAUGCCUGGCAGAGCAUAAAGGGAUCUUAUUGUG